AUGAUUAUUACCAAUUCCAUCGUUCUGUUUGCGGCUGUUGCCCAAGUUUACGGCGCAACAAUCAAUAAACGCUACAAUUAUGCUCCUCAAUUCUCCCCAUCUUUCCCUCCCAUGGCUAAACCAACCGGCGUAGUUACAUCUUAUAAUCCGGGUCCUUAUGACACUUCAUCUACCCUGUCUACCACUCCAUUGAGCGGGUUCCCCGAGCCAUGGUCAAAGCCAGAUACAAAUCAUCCAGAAGUACAGGCUGUGUAUAACAAGCUCGAUCUCAGCAAAAUCCCAAAAGCACCUGUUAGAAAGCAAAAAUCGGAUGGAAGCUGGGUCUCGAGCUCUGAUGGUGCCAGCGACCCUUACUGUUGGUGGUCCAGCACAAACUGUGUAGUUCCCAAGACAAACCUGCUACCUCCAGACAUUUAUACAUGUCCCAACAAAGGCGAUUGGGGUUUAAACUAUGAUGAUGGUCCAUUUAAUAGAUACACUGACUCCAAUGCUGCUGUUGAAAACAAGUAUGCUGAGCCAGCUCUUUACAACUUUUUGGCUGAGAACAACCUUCAUUCUACUUUAUUUUACAUUGGCUCAAAUGUUGCAACCUAUCCUGCUGCAGCUCAGCGAGGUUUGAAUGAUGGCCAUCAGCUCUGUGUCCACACAUGGUCGCAUCCACCCUUGACAACUCAAACCAAUAUUCAGAUUGUAGCUGAGCUGUAUUGGACAUUGAAAGCUAUCAAGGCCGCUACAGGCGUCACUUCAAGAUGCUUCCGUCCUCCUCAAGGUGAUGUUGAUGAUCGUGUACGUGCAAUCGCAUGGCAAAUGGGCAUGCGUACUGUGCUUUGGGACCGAGAUUCUGAAGAUUGGAAUCUUCCAGCCUUGGGUUCCGGCUCACUCUCUCCUGCUGUCGUGGAUGGCUAUUUCUCUAAUUGGAUAAAUACGUAUAAGAGUGGAAAGGAUACAUCCGGUCAUAUUGUAUUGGAACAUGAGCUCAAUCACGCCACUGUCAACAUGUCCAUGUUCUGGUUGCCCAAAUUAACAAAGACCUUCAAUGUCAUUCCUGCAUUGUCCUGUAACGGUAUUACCAAAGACAUUUAUUGGGAAGAUUUCGAGUAUCCUACGUAUGGCGCUGACGGCUCAACUACUACCAAGACAACACCUACCGCUACUAGCACUAGUUCUUCAACCACUAAAGCAACAACAACCAAGCCUACCACCACUAAAACGACAACAACCACCACCAAAACGACAACGACCACCACCAAAACGACAACGACCACCACCAAAACGACAUCUAAAGCGACAACCAAGACCACUACUACCAAAGCUCCCACAUCUACAUCUACAAAAUGUACAGCUGGCGUAUCGGGCAAAAAGCAAGGCAACGGCGACUCAGGCUAUUGCUGCACUAGCAGCGAUGAUUGCAUUGAAACCUGCCGUUCUGGAGUAUGUGGCCUUUAG